AAACUCCUAGAAAGCUGAAGGAAGGCUAAAGAACGACAAGCAAGACCAUUGUCUGAGGUCCGUCCACUCCAUUGCCUCACAUGUGGUCAGCGAUAAACCCCUCACUGGCCCCUGCUACCACCCUUGGCCUCCUUACAGAACAGAAAUCUGGAAGGCAGAUUGUGUCACUGGUCCACAUCCAUCACUGAUGGCCCAUUUCACAGCCCAACCAGGCCUCCCUCUUUCAAGCGCCUUUUGUCCUAUUUCCCCUCUUCCUUCUGAGAAGAUCUACAGUGAAUAAGGAGUAAUUUCUUGCCCAACCAUGAUUCAAAAGGAAGUUCAGCCACAGAACAGGUAAGUGUGGCUUUGCCUAGAGAAAAAAGACAUGCAGAGGCAGGUCUCAGGGAGAUCCACCCAGGUUUUGCAAAAAAGGCACCUCCUUCAUUGCAAGUUCUGGGACCUUCCAAGUUCAGGAAGAGACUCUCCGCUUCCCCACUGACAACCUGGUGCAAUGAACCCAGGAAGACCAGUGUGAGUAAACUGGACACUUCUCUACAACAUGACCCGUCGGGACAAUGUGGGUCCUGUUUGCAGCCUGAAGUUUGUGACUCUCCUGGUGGCCCUAAUUCCAGAGCUCCUAUUCCUGGGAGCUGGAGUGCAGCUUCAAGACAAUGGGUAUGACGGAUUACUCAUUGCAAUCAAUCCUCAGGUAUCUGAAGAUCAGAACCUCAUCCCAAACAUUAAGGAAAUGAUAACUGAAGCUUCUUUUUAUCUAUUCAAUGCUACCAAGAGAAGAGUGUUUUUCAGAAAUAUAAAGCUUUUAAUACCCACCACAUGGAAAGCUAAUAAUUACAGCAAAGUAAAACAAGAAUUAUAUGAAAAGGCAAAUGUCAUCGUGACUGACUGGUAUGGGGCACAUGGAGAUGACCCCUACACACUGCAAUACAGAGGGUGUGGAAAAGAGGGAAAAUACAUUCAUUUCACAUCUAACUUUCUACUAAAUGAUGACUUAACAGCUGGCUAUGGACCACGAGGUAGGGUGUUUGUCCACGAAUGGGCCCAUCUCCGUUGGGGUGUGUUUGAUGAAUACAACAAUGAGAAACCUUUCUAUAUAAAUGGGCAAAAUCAAAUUAAAGUAACAAGGUGUUCAUCAGACAUCACAGGCAUUUUUGUGUGUGAAAAAGGCCCUUGCCCCCAAGAAAACUGUAUUAUUAGUAAACUUUUUAAAGAAGGAUGUAUGUUUAUAUACAAUAGCACCCAAAAUGCAACUGCGUCGAUAAUGUUCAUGCAAAGUUUAUCUUCUGUGGUUGAAUUCUGCAAUGCACGUACCCACAAUCAAGAAGCUCCAAACCUACAGAACCAAAUGUGCAGCCUCAGAAGUGCAUGGGAUGUAAUCACAGACUCUGCUGACUUUAAUCAUAGCUUUCCCAUGAAUGGGACUGGGCUUCCACCUCCUCCUGUAUUCUCCCUUAUUCAGGCUGGUGACAAAGUGGUCUGUUUAGUGCUGGAUGUGUCCAGUAAAAUGGAAGAGGCUGACAGACUCCUUCGACUGAAACAGGCAGCAGAAUUUUACUUGAUGCAGAUUGUUGAAAUUCAUACCUUUGUGGGCAUUGUCAGUUUCAACAGCAAAGGGGAGAUCAGAGCCCAGCUACACCAAAUUAACAGUGAUGAUGACCGAAAGCUGUUGGUUUCACAUCUGCCUUUGACUGUGUCAGCAGAAGCACAAACCAGCGUCUGCUCAGGGCUUAAGAAGGGAUUUGAGGUGGUUGAAAAACUGAAUGGAAAAGCCCAUGGCUCUGUGAUGAUAUUAGUGACCAGUGGAGGUGAUGAGCACAUUGGCAAUUGCUUACUUACUGUGCUCAGCAGUGGUUCAACCAUUCAUUCCAUUGCCCUGGGCUCAUCUGUGGUCGAACACCUGGAGGAAUUAUCACAUCAUACAGGAGGUGUAAAGUUCUUUGUUCCAGAUAAAUCAAACUCCAAUAGCAUGAUUGAUGCUUUCAGUAGAAUCCCCUCUGGAACCGGAGACAUUUUUCAACAACGUAUUCAGCUUGAAAGUACGGGUGAAAAUGUUAAACCUCACCAUCAACUGAAAAACACCGUGACUGUGGAUAACAGUGUGGGCAAUGACACUACCUUUCUUGUCACAUGGCAGACAAGUGGUCCCCCUGAAAUUGCAUUAGUUGAUCCUAAUGGAAGAAAAUACUACACAAGUGAUUUUAUCACUAACCCAGCUCUGCGGACUGCUCGCCUCUGCAUUCCUGGAACUGCUGAGCCUGGGCUCUGGACCUACACACUGAACAAUACCCACCAUUCUCUUCAAGCCUUGAAGGUGACGGUGACCUCUCGCGCCUCCAGCUCAGCCAUGCCCCCUGCCACUGUGGAAGUCUUUGUGGAAAGAGACAGCCCCCGGUUUCCCCACCCUGUGAUGAUUUACGCAAAUGUAAGAAAGGGGAUUUAUCCCAUUCUUAAUGCCACUGUAACGGCUACAAUUGAGCCAGAGGCUGCAGAUCCUGUUGUGCUGAAACUUUUUGACGAUGGAGCAGGUGCUGAUAUUAUAAAAAAUGAUGGAAUUUACUCGAGGUACUUUUUCUCCUUUGCUGUAAAUGGUAGCUACAGCUUGAAAGUGCAUGUCAGUUACCCCUCCAGCAUAAGUGGCCUAGCCCACUCUGUUCCCGGGAAUCGUGCUGUAUACGUACCAGGUUACAUAGUGAAUGGUAACAUUCAGAUGAAUGCCCCAAGAAAAUCAGCGGGCAGGCAUGAGGAGGAGCAAAAGUGGGGCUUUAGCCGAGUAAGUUCAGGGGGCUCCUUUUCCGUGCUAGGAGUUCUGGCUGGCCCCCAUCCUGACGUGUUUCCACCAUGCAAAAUUAUUGACCUGGAAGCUGUAAAAGUGGAAGAGGAGGUGACUUUAUCAUGGACGGCACCUGGAGAAGACUAUGAUCAGGGCCAGGCUAACAGCUAUGAAAUAAGAAUGAGUCAAAGCUUACAGAAAAUUCAAGAUGACUUUAACAAUGCCAUUUUAGUGAAUAUAUCAAAGCUACUAAGUCCUCAGCAAGCUGGCACCAAGGAGAUAUUUACAUUCUCACCAAAGCUUUUCACAAAUGGACCUGACCAUCAACCUGAUGGAGAGACACAAGAAAGCCACAGAAUUUAUGUGGCAAUACGAGCAAUAGAUAAGAACUCCUUAAAGUCUGCUGUGUCUAACAUUGCCCAGGUAUCUCUGUUUAUUCCCCCAAAUUCUGCUCCUGUACUUGCCAGAGACCAUCUUAUAUUGAAAGGAGUUUUAACAGCAGUGAGUUCAAUAGGAAUCAUUUGCCUCACUAUAGCUGUAACACAUUAUACAUUAAACAGGAAAAAGAAAGCAGACAAGAAAGAGAAUGGAACAAAAUUAAUAUAAACAAAUGUAUAGAGUGCUUUCCUUCUUAGAUACAAGAUCCAUGGCCUUUGCACUUUAUGAAAACACACCAAUAAAGUCAAAUUGACAUCAGAA